AGCAAGCUGUGGGAGCUGGCCCGCAGCGCCGGUGCCUUCGUGUUUGGCAUGGUCCUGGCCAGCUUGUACGGGGCUCUGGUGCUGCUGGCGCAGGGCCACAACAUCUGGUACUGCCUGGUCACCACGUCCAGCCUGGCCGCCGGGCUGGGCUUGGGCAUGGCUUUCUCCGUCAAGGCGCGGAUCACCGUGCUGCUGUCGCUACCCUACAUCUUCACCAAUGAGGGGAAGAUGUUGAUGCUGCUGCUGGCGCUGGGCAUGGCCGUGCAGGGUCCUUGCACCAACAUCUUGCACAACUUCUCCCAAACCGCCGAGUCACUGUCGUGUGGGGCUGAGCUCGCCCUCAACCAGACGGCUGAGAAGCUCCAACGCGCCCGGGAGCCGCUGAUGGAUAUGUUGGCCAAAAUCAAGGACAUUGCCCAGAAAGCCAAGGCGGUGGGUGACCGCAUCCGCAAGUUCUUCCACUCCAUCACAGACUCAGUCACCUAUGUCGCCCGAGCCGUGCGCAACGUCUGGCUGUGGUUGGUGAACAUCGGCAAGAUAUGCAACCGCGAGCUGGGCCAGCCCUACCAACGCUGUGUGCUCCUCUUUGAUGACGCCAAGGACAGCUGCGAGCGCACCAUCCCCUUCCUCUACUUCCUCUGCUACGUCAUCGUUCCCUUCAAGUCUCUCUGCAGGCUGGCCAACCUUGGAACCCUCUUCUGCGUCGUCCCCUACUACAUCCAGGAGUUCCUCAAGAGGAACGUCGCAGACCCUCUCACAGGCGCUCUGGACCAUGUCCGUCAGGAGUUCGAGUUCAACAUCUCGGCCGAGCAUCACUUCAACAUCAGCCUCAACUCCAGCAAGACCCUGAGCGAGGUGGCCCUGGACAUCAUGGACGACGUGAGCCAACGCUUGCGGCCCCUGCACCGGGUCCUGGGGCUCUUCACACACAUCUCCUUCUGGGUCAUCCUCUACAUGUACUUCCAGGCACUGCGCUACCAUCGCCGCUACCUGCGGGACGACACCUUCGACAACAUCUACAUCACGCAGCGCUUCAUGGAGCUGGACCAGCAGCUCACAGAGCAGCGCAAAGCCACCGUGCUGCCCCUCACCAACUGGGAGAAGGGUCGUUACAUCUCCCCAGUCGGGCUGUUGUUGUCGCGGCAGGAGCAGCGCCGGUACGGGCUGCAGCUGGUGUGGGUCCUGCGCCACAUGGUGUUGGGGUUCAGCGUCAUUCUGGCCGACUACAGCCUCUUCUGGUUGCUCGACCUCAUACGGCACCAGCUGAAAGGGGAGAUCGUCGCCAGGGCACCGGAGGUGAUGGCCAUCAGCGUCAAAGGAGAAGGCUACACCAGCGAAAUCUUCCGGGACUUGGUCUCUGCUUUCGAUGUCCUCCAGCAGGGCAACCUCACGGUGCUGUCGCAGAGCUGCAUCCCGCGGCCCGUGGAGCCCGACUACGGCACCUACCUCAGCAUGGGACUCUUGUACGGCAUCUGCCUCUUCAUCGCCGUCUUCGGCUCCUACGUGGCACGCUUGCGCCGGGUGGUGUGUGCCGCCUACUACCCGAAGCGCGAGCAGGAGCGCACAAUCUUUCUCCACAGCACCAUCCUGGCGCGGCGGGCAGGGCUGGCGCGUGCCCUGCGCCAAACGGUCAUGGGGCGCAAAGGCGACGCCGCGGAGGGCAACGUCUUCCUCCUCGUGGCCAAGUUGUCUCUCUUUACCCGCGUGGCUCAAGUCUUGCGCAUCCGGAAGAGACAAUGCCUGACGUGUGAGGUGGCAGAACAGCCCGACUUCAUCGCAUGCAUCACCCCCAGGUGCAAAGGGCUUUAUUGCAGCGAUUGCUACCGAACUCUGCGCAACAUCUGCUCCGUCUGCAUGGGCCCCUUGAGCUACGAGGCCCACGAGGACGAGGAGAUGGACUCCAGCGACGAGGAGACGUUGGCUCUGUGGGUGGGCGCCGUGCGGGCGCUGCGGGGUCAGGAGCGAGGACGGCGGCUGCGGCAGCGCAUCCACGAGGUGGCGAGGGGCCGGGGGGGCAGCCGGCGGUUACCCCGAGAGUUGGCAGCCCGGCUGCUCGCCCGGCUGAAGGAGGAGGCGAGCGGAGAGAGUGAGGAGGAAAGCAGCGACAGGGACAGCGAGGACAGCUCGUUCCACAGCCUGGAUUACAGCUACCAGGAUGAGCCCGAGAGCAGUGGGACGGAGCUGGAGGAGGUGAUGACGGAGAAGCCACGUGGCAGCAAGCGUGGAGCCCAGUGA